AUGAGGGCGGGAUGUGAGAGUGAUGUAGACUGUCUCCUCGAAUUACUAGCCACCUUCUUUCGCCCUGAAGUCCACUUCCGGCAGGCGCAACCUUCGGAAAAUUCGCCAACUGGGCUAUACCGCCACGUCCGCGGGUCACGCAAUGAGGCGUCUGAGGCACUGUCCAGACCCUCCUUCGCACAUAUCCAACUUUCACCUGGGAUCGAAUUUACUGACAUGGUUACCGAACAUCACCGUGUUGGCUCUCCCUUUGACGAGGAUGUUUCCGGACUCCAACCGCAGAAACUGCUACUGAUUACUGACAAGGACACUAUUCUCAGCGAUGUCUCCUGCACCACUUAG